AUGCCUUAUGCGAACGUCAUCCUGCAACCGGCCGCAAUGGCAAUCCAUGUCACAAUCGUCACAAUCGUCAGAAGUUGCUCUGAUUUUGAUUCUGUUAUGGCUGAUUCGAAGACUUCUUCGUCGUCUCCGUCCCCUGCGCAAAAUGGCGCCCCGAAAACUGCCCCGAAGGCGCAAAAUCCCGCCCUGAGGAUGCUCGGUCUCCCGAAUUUCCGAUUCAAACUUCCUUCCCGAAAUUGGAUGAUAUUUCUCACUGUUACCGGGUCCUUUUUCGGAGCCCUGAUCUACGACCGGCGGGAAAAGAAACGGGUACAAGAGAAAUGGUCAAAUUUAGUCGCCCAUAUCGCAAAAGAGCCUCUUCCCACGAAUGAAACCCGGCGAAAACUUACCAUUUUUCUCGCAGCGCCUCCCGGAGAUGGGCUAAUGAGCGCAAGAGAUCAUUUCAGAGAAUAUGUUAAGCCAAUCCUGGUCUCAGGAGCGGUGGACUACGAGGUUCUAGAGGGGAGAAGGGAAGGCGAUAUCAGAGCCGCAUUGGCCGAAAAGAUUCGAAGGUUGAGACGGAAAGCUGGCGAAGGCGCUCCGCUAGAAGAGGAUGACCACGAAUCCGCAUUGAAGCGGGUAAGGGAGCAAUUUGGGACUCAUGAUGAGCCGAGCGUGAAGGGUGAUGUGGUCAUCGGAAGGCAUACAUGGAAGGAAUAUAUUCGCGGCCUUCACGAAGGCUGGCUCGGGCCCAUGGCCCCCCCUAUGCCUGCUGAAGCCGAACCUGCGGUCCCAGAUACCGAGAAACCGACUGAAAACGAAUUCAUUUCUGAUGACAGCUCGACCACCGCUGAAGAGAAGAAAAAAGAUGAAAAGAAACCUGAAGCCAAGAAACCAACUGGCCCUACGCCUACUUACCUGCUACCAUCGCUGUACUCCUCACAAGAACUCCCACGCUCUCUACCAGACGAAUUCCAACCCUCAUCGCCAAUUGCCUUUCCGCAUAUCUUAGGCUUCCUAAAUACCCCUAUUCGAAUUAAACGGUUUCUCACUCGUCGAUAUUUAGCGGAUAGCGUCGGCCGGGAUGUCGCCGCAAUUGUGCUCGCAUCCUCGUGCAGACCUUACUCAGACGCUUACCAACCCUCAGACUCAGAGCCCGACCAUUCCGACUCCCCAACGUCAUCCUCGUCGCUGAAUUAUGAGCAGCAACACCUCCUUGAGCAAGAAGAGAAGGAAUGGCACAAGUCUGUGCAUAAAACCCCGGAGAACCCCGAGGUCAAAGAACGGGAAUGGCUCGACGACGUCGUCAUCGAUCCGCGCCUUGGCUCAAGGAUGCGGCGGUUCGUUCUGGCACCGGAAGAGGAUGCGAGAGCAGAGCGCAUCGCGGAGGGCAGAGAGUGGGUUCUGGGAGAGGAGAAACCGAUCCCGAUACCUACUUGGAAGCGAUUAUGGGACAACUACGGGUGGGGAGAGGCGGAGACUCGAGGAAAAGUGAACCUUGGAAACAUAGAUGAUGGGAACGCAUGA